UAUUUAAGACUCAUUAAGGACGGGCACAUGAAGGCUUAUCCUUAACGUGCCUGAAAUAUGGCGAUUAAUGUGGUGUUAAUUUCCUGACAUUGCCUUAAGGGUGCACAUGAAGAUGUGCCCAAUGUGUCGUGCAAUGUGAGGAAAUAUGAUUCAUAAAAGAGUGACGCAGAGAUUUCAAAGUGGGACUGCAUAGUGUUCAAAGUAUCGUGCCCUGCUGGGGGCUCUUUCUGAAUCCAUUGCAACAAGAGAAUUGUUCUAAUAUUUUUCUGCAGUCAAAGAAAGUGAAAACUAAGAGUUGACAUUUUUCCGGGGGUGGGGCUGGAGCCCAUAGAGCGGGGCCUGGAGUCUGAAGAGGUUGAGAAUCACUGAUCUAACCAAAGUGAUGGAGCUUGGAAACCUCUUCACAGGCUGUGGAAGAGCAUGAGGAGAAGCACAACGCAGUUCUUCUAGACAAGCCUCCGCAGAUUGACAACCCCCUCUACAUCGACAGGAAUUACACCGUGGCCAGCUCUCCAAAGGCUGAGAUACUACCCAAAAAACUCAAGUUCUCUUAUCCAAUUCAAGAGAGAAGGCAGCCCUUCAUUGAAGUCUACAUCAGGGACCUGGAGAUGAACAUCAAGCUCCAUAUCACAGAAGUUUCUUCCACCGAAAUUCUCUGGGAGGCCAUGGUGAGAGAAGAGGACAUACAGCGAGCCCGCUCAUCACCUGAGGAGCAGGCAGACCCACAUUUCAUUGACAGACACCGAGAGCAGCUGAUCCAGCGUGUCACGGUGGUGGAUGCCCUCCUGGACAAACUCUACGGACCCGUUUUGGACGAGGAGCAGUACCAGAGAAUCAGGGCUGGGGCCACCAACCAGGACAAGAUGCGCAGGCUGUAUGACCUGAUGCCCAGCUGGGACAGGGCAUGCAAAGACUGUCUCUACCGGGCCCUGAAGGUCCAACACAAGCACCUUGUGGCAGAGCUCAGUGCGGUGGUGAGCUCACCUGCACUUGUGGCUGCAUCAUGUGCUGACAGCUGCAAACCCUGGGAGGGUGCCAGCAGCAUGCUGGGUGCUGAGGGUGGGCUCGGGGCUGAGUAGACCUGUUUUUAGUAUUUUUUUUUU